GAUGAAAUGUUGGCUACGGGGAACAUGAUCAAUGCCACAGCUAGGCGGGAGGGUCACUCGUCGGAAGAGAGGAUGCACGCCGCUGCGCGCGUCACUUUGCCGGGCUGCCGCGCGUAAAAGCCACCAAGCGUUACCACGCGCGCGCACGCUGACCUGACCGGACCAGACGUCCUCAUGCAUGAGUCUUGUCUUCUGUCAAGGUGAAGCUCUGCCUCACCUGCCUCCCCUGACCGCACGUCACUGGUGGAUAGUGAUGUAGUGUGAAGUGCUUUGACGGCCUUGAAGAGGUAUGUGAAGUUUCUCGGAGAAGGACGACGAGCUCUGGCAUUCACCUCGCUGACACGGAGUCCCCUGAGGUUUGUCGGAGCACCAUCUUUCUGGGAGCCCUGCGGGGAUGGGAACGUGCUUACAUAAAAGAUGGACUUAUGGCUGCUUUGCUAAGGUUCACGGCCAUCUGAAGGUCAUGUCACGGUUUGUGGCCCUCGGGCUAAUAACAUUCUUCCUCCUGAGUCAAAAGACAGCUUCUGGACAGACUUUUAACAUCUUCCAGUCGGAGCAGAGAGAGUGGCCGCUAAACCAUCUCGCGGUACAUCAUUCCACGGGGGCCCUGUACAUUGGUGCCGUCAACCGCAUAUACAAGCUGACGGCCAACCUCACACUGCUGGUGUCCCAUGCCACAGGGCCAGAAUACGACAACAAAGCGUGCUACCCUCCUCUGAUUGUGCAGCCAUGCUCGGAGCCCCUCGCCUCCACGGACAAUGUCAACAAGUUGCUGCUCAUUGAUUACUCCCACAACCGUCUCCUGGCAUGUGGCAGCCUCUACCAAGGCGUUUGCAAGCUUAUGAGGCUGGACGACCUGUUCAUCCUUGGAGAGCCCACACAUAAGAAAGAACACUACCUAUCCAGUGACACGCAAACAGGGACCAUGUACGGGGUGGUCGUGCCCUCAUUGGCUCAAGACGCUACACUAUACAUUGGUACCGCAGUCGGCGGAAAGCAGGACUACUUUCCAACUAUCUCCAGCCGCAAGCUGCCUCGCGACCCAGAAUCGUCCGCCAUGCUGGACUACGAGCUUCACACUGACUUUGUAUCAUCGCUGAUAAAAAUCCCUUCAGACACCCUGGCUCUUGUCCCGCAUUUUGACAUCUACUACAUCUACGGCUUCGAUAGUGGCCAUUUUGUCUACUUCAUGACCGUCCAGCCAGAGACUCCAGAAAAUGGGAUGCCCUCCGGGGGAUCUACUGGUGACCUUUUCUAUACCUCCCGCAUCAUCCGCCUCUGCAAAGGUGACAAGAAGUUCCAUUCCUACGUGUCACUUCCUGUGGGCUGCAUCCACCGGGGCGAGGAGUACCGUCUGCUACAAGCUGCUUACCUGUCCAAGGCUGGCAGAGUCUUGGCCAAGACGCUUAAUAUCGGCGUCCAAGAUGAUGUGCUCUUUGCCGUGUUCUCCAAAGGCCAGAAGCAGUACCACGACCCAUCCGAUCACUCCGCACUGUGCGUUUUCACCAUCCAGGACAUUAACACACGAAUCAAGGAGAGGCUGCAGUCUUGCUACCAAGGCGAGGGACACCUGGAGCUACACUGGCUGCUGGGAAAGGACGUGCAGUGCACCAAGGCGCCCGUCCCCAUUGACGACCACUUCUGUGGCCUGGACAUAAAUCAGCCUCUGGGGGGCUCUCAGCUGGUGGCAGGCCGCACGGUUUACAAGGAGAGUCGCGAGAGGCUGACCUCGGUCAUCUCUUAUAUCUACAACGGACACAGCGUGGUCUUCCUGGGCACCAAAAAUGGGAGGCUUAAAAAGAUCCGCGUGGAUGGACUGCUGGACGCUGGAGUCUUGUAUGAGACAGUGACAGUGACGAAGGACAGCAGCCCCCUCCAACGCGACAUGGCCUUCUCACUGGACAAGACCUCACUUUAUGUCAUGUCUGAAAAUCAGGUGGCCCAGGUCCCCGUGGAGGCCUGCGAGCAAUAUGGUACGUGUGCAGAAUGCCUGAGCUCUGGGGACCCUCACUGCGGUUGGUGCGUCCUGUACAACACAUGCUCAAGGAGAGAUCGCUGCCCGAGGGCAGACGAGGCCUACCGCUUCAACAACGACAUUGACCGCUGCGUGAAGGUCAUCGCUCACCCAGAUAGCAUUGCGGUAUCAGCCCACAGUGUCCCACUACUGCUGGAGGUGAACAACGUCCCAGACCUUUCGGUGGGAAUCACCUGUACCUUUGGCCAGCAAGCUGAGGUGGAAGGCCACGUCAAUGGCAACAGGGUCAUGUGUCUGUCCCCAGCUGGGAAGGAAGUUCCACUGAUACCAGAAGGGCAAGACUGGGCUGGCGUGGAGUUGCGACUGAACUCUAAGGAGACGGGUCAAAUGGUCGCCAGCACGGAAGUGAAGUUCUACAACUGCAGCACGCAUCACAUGUGUCUGUCUUGCGUAAACAGCACAUUCCGCUGCCACUGGUGUAAAUAUCGGAACAUGUGCACACAUGACCCGAGCAGCUGUUCCUUCCAGGAGGGCAGAGUCAAUGCGUCAGAGGACUGCCCCCAGCUCCUCAAUUCCGGGCAAAUCCUCAUUCCUGCCGGUGAGGUUCGACCCAUCACCCUGAAGGCCCGCAAUCUCCCGCAGCCGCAAUCAGGACAGAGGGGCUACGAGUGCGUGGUGAAUGUGCAAGGCGUCGGCCACCGCGUCACGGCACUGCGCUUCAACAGCACCAGCGUUCAGUGCCAGAAUAGUUCGUACAUGUACGAGGGCGUGAAGAUCAGCGAUCUGGCAGUGGAGCUCUCCAUCGUGUGGAACGGCAAUUUCAUCAUCGACAAUCCCGAGAAGAUUAAAGUGCACCUGUACAAGUGCAGUGCCCAGCGAGACAGCUGUGGCAUGUGCCUGCGGGCAGAGAAGAAGUUCCAGUGUGGCUGGUGCAGCAGUGAGGGCAGGUGCACCAUGAAGCGCCACUGCCCGCCCAUUUCGCCCUACGCCAGUCGCUGGCUUGACUUGUCCACUGCCAAUGUCAAGUGCACCAACCCACGCAUCACCGAGGUGAGCCCAGUUGCCGGACCCCUUGAAGGCGGCACACUGGUCACCAUUCAGGGCCUGAACCUUGGCCUUUCUUUCUCGGAGCUGGAGGACAAUGUGAAGGUGGCAGAAGUGCAGUGCAUCCCGCGGGAGGAGGGUUACAUCACUGCUGAACAGAUUGUUUGCGAGAUGGCUGCCGCCCCUAAAGGAAGCGUGCCAGGCCCAGUCAAGCUUUGCGUGGGUGAAUGCAGACCAGAACUACAAGCGCAGUCCAACCAACUCUACUCUUUUGUGACCCCUACAUUGCUGGCACUGACCCCAGGCAGAGGGCCCGAGUCUGGGGGUACCAAGGUCACCAUCGUUGGAGAAAACCUAGGCGCUGGCAGCUCUGUCACUGUUUACUUUGGCAACCAAACAUGCGAGCUGUACAGGAGGACCACGUCAGAAAUUGUUUGCUUCUCUGCUCCAUCUGUGACUGGGGCAGGGCUGGUGCAAGUCAGUCUGAGGGUCGACCGGGCCAAGGUUCCUGAUAGUCUGUCAUUUGAGUAUAUACAAGACCCCACAGUGCAGCGUAUUGAACCCCUGUGGAGCAUUACAAGCGGCCACACUACACUGACUGUGACUGGGACCAACUUGGACGUGGUGCAGGAGCCGCGGGUCCGAGUCAAAUACGCCGGCCACGAGUCUGUCAAUGUGUGUAAGGUGUUGAAUACAACCACCAUCAGCUGCUUCGCUCCUUCACUGCAGUCCGAGUACGAUGGCGGAAAAGUAGAGAGUGUCAAGCACGUGGACGAAUUUGGCUUUGUCUUCAACAACGUUCAAGCUCUGCUCACCUACAGCAACAGCAGCUUUAUCUACUACCCCAAUCCUUACCUGGAGCCCCUGAGCCUCUCAGGGAUCCUAGAGCAGAAACCAGGCGCACCCAUUAUUCUAAAAGGUCGUAACCUGGUGCCAUCGGCGUCGGGCGGCGCUCGGCUGAAUUACACUGUACUGAUCGGGGACACGCCCUGCUCCCUCACAGUUUCUGACACCCAGUUACUCUGCGAGCCACCCAACCUCACCGGCCAGCACAAAGUUCUGGUCCAAGUGGGAGGACUUCACAUCUCUCCGGGCGAAGUUCACAUCCGCUCUGACAGCCUACUCACGCUGCCGGCAAUCAUGAGCAUAACUGCUGGGGGAGGGUUGCUUCUGGUGGUGGUCGUCAUUGUCCUGCUCGCCUACAGGCGAAAAUCUCACGAGAACGACCUGACACUGAAGCGGCUGCAACUGCAGAUGGACAACCUUGAGUCUCGCGUUGCUCUGGAGUGCAAGGAGGCCUUCGCCGAGCUGCAGACAGACAUCAAUGAGCUGACUAGCGACCUGGACCGAGCUGGCAUUCCCUACCUGGACUACCGCACUUACUCUAUGAGGGUUCUCUUCCCUGGCAUUGAUGACCACCCUGUGCUUAGAGACCUGGAGGUGCCGGGGAGCGGACAGGCAAGUGUGGAGAAAGCCUUGAAGCAGUUUGCACAGCUGGUGAACAACAAAGUCUUCCUGCUGACGUUCAUUCGCACGCUGGAGCUGCAGCGCUCGUUCUCCAUGCGGGACCGCGGCUACAUGGCCUCGCUCAUCAUGACUGCGCUGCAGGGGCGGUUGGAGUACGCCACCGACAUCCUCAAACACCUGCUCUCGGACCUAAUAGAGCGCAACCUGGAGAGCAAGAACCACCCCAAGCUUCUGCUGCGCAGAACUGAGUCAGUGGCAGAGAAGAUGCUGACCAACUGGUUUGCAUUCUUGCUUCACAAAUUUCUAAAGGAGUCCGCCGGCGAGCCCCUCUUCAUGCUGUUCUGUGCCAUCAAACAGCAAAUGGAGAAGGGCCCUAUCGACGCCAUCACUGGCGAGGCGCGUUACUCCCUCAGCGAGGACAAACUCAUCCGACAGCAGACAGAAUACAAAACGCUGACGCUGAGCUGUGUGAACCCCGACAACGAGAAUAGUCCGGAGAUCGCAGUCAAGGUGCUCAACUGUGACACCAUUACCCAGGUGAAGGAGAAGAUCCUUGACGCCGUGUACAAGAACAUGCCUUGCUCCCAGCGACCACGAGCUAAUGACAUGGACCUAGAGUGGCGUCAAGGCAGGACGGCUCGCGUGGUCCUUCAGGAUGAAGACAUAACCACCAAGAUCGAGGGUGACUGGAAGAGACUCAACACGCUGCUCCACUACCAGGUGACAGACCGGUGCGUGGUGGCUUUGGUGCCCAAGCAGAUGUCGUCAUUCAACAUUCCCUGCUCGGCCAGCUUUCCAAGGAGUAUCAGUAGAUAUGGCGUGGACAUCCCCUUCCGGUCCACGCCCACCAGCCCCGACAGUCCCCACUCCCGCGUGCCCAUGUUGACCCCGGAUCUGGAGAGUGGGGUCAAAGUUUGGCACUUGGUCAAGAACCACGAGCAUGGCGAUCAGAAGGAGGGCGAGCGAGGCAGCAAAAUGGUGUCGGAGAUUUACCUUACCAGGCUCCUGGCGACAAAGGGCACACUGCAGAAAUUUGUGGACGACCUAUUCGAGACGCUCUUCAGCACAGUGUGCCGAGGAACAGCCCUGCCGCUAGCCAUCAAAUACAUGUUUGACUUUCUGGACGAGCAGGCCGACAGACAUGGCAUCUACGACAUGGACGUCCGCCAUACUUGGAAGAGCAACUGCCUUCCCCUGCGCUUCUGGGUGAACGUGAUCAAGAACCCGCAGUUUGUCUUUGACAUUCACAAGAGCAGCAUCACGGAUGCCUGCUUGUCUGUGGUGGCCCAGACCUUCAUGGAUUCUUGCUCCACUUCUGAGCACCGUCUAGGCAAAGAUUCACCCUCCACCAAGCUACUCUAUGCCAAGGACAUCCCACACUACAAAAGCUGGGUAGAAAGGUACUAUGCUGACAUUAACCGCCUGCCAGCCAUCAGUGAUCAGGACAUGAAUGCCUAUCUGGCUGAGCAGGCACGCCUCCACUCCAGCGAGUUCAAUGCGCUCAGUGCCCUCCACGAGAUCUACAGCUAUGUCAGCAAAUACAGCCAGGAGAUCACGGAGGCGCUGGAGCAGGACGAGCAGGCCCAGAAGCAGAAGUUGGCAUAUAAAGUGGAACAGAUCAUCUCAGUCAUGUCUGCCGAGAGCUGAGAUACACGCCAACGUACAUAUGCACACACACUCACGCACACAUGCUGUACACGCAGACACACAGUUUGAGCAUAUGCUGAGGUGGAAAAGGACGAGUAACAUGCGCACAGCACGUGCAUCAAAUGUGCACGCACCUCAUGUGUACGCCUGCACACAAACACCCAGAGAGACUAAUAUAUGCAGGGAUGCUUGCAAACUUUAUGGACCUAGUACAAAUGACACGCACCAAGACGUGCAUACACAAAGAAAACACACGUGAACAGCAGAUCAUCCCAAAGCAUGAUGUUUGUAUUCAAUGCCAUUGUCUAUUAACAUGCAUCUAUCGUCUAAAAGUGUCCUGCUACAUCCCGCGAGCGAGCAGGGGUCGCGUUUCUUUAUCUCGGUGGUCCAGCCGAAGAGAACCCCGCUGAGAACUCUUCAAAAGAUAAAAAGAGGUGCUAUUAUGUGAUGAAGGUACAAGCGCUAUGCUUCACAGGCUGGACUCAAUGAUGGCAUUUAAGUAUUUUGCCAACAGCGGGUUCAGUUUGUGUAUUUUAUCAAAUGUGUUUUUUAGUUUUUACCCAUCCAUCCAUUUUGUAGAAAAUAACCUCAUUACGUUGGUGGAGCUGCACUGGUACCAGCCAAUGGCAAGGCACAUACUGUAUACACAAACCAUUCACUUUCACUCUAUGGAAAAUUUGUUUUUCAAUAAACCCAACAUGCAUGAUUGUGGAAUGUGGGAGGAAAUAGUUUAAAAAGCCUGGGUUCACACAUUUUUUAAAAACAAUCACUUGUUGAUUUUCCCCAACUGUGAAGUUCCGACAAUAGUACAAUGCUGUCAUUAACAAAUUGAGUGCAGUAGAAAAAACUCAAGUGGUUGGGAUUAGUUCCCCAUAACCAUACUGUAUAUCCAUUGAUCUAUUUUCUAUCGCGCUUAUUCUGUUCAUGGUCGUGGGAAAGUGAAGCAAUUUACUGAAUAUGGGGAGACAACCAUUAAGUCUCACAUUGAUAGCGUCAAUGAGUGGGAAUUGAACUGGAAGUCAGGUGUGUAAACCUUUACACAUAAGCAAGUUGAGCUCAAAAUGUACAAGGAUCAAAGACAAGGAGUAGUGUUUAAAUGGAAAAACUCAAAAUUUAAGAAAAAAAAUAAUUAUUCCUAUAGUCAUUGUACAAGAUGUCAGCAAAUAUACUAAAACUUCAUAAGAAGUAAUUCUCCUAGUGUAUUAUGUGUGCCACAUAGGCACCCUCUUGUGGUACUCUAAAGCAGGGGUGUCAAAUGUAAGGCCCGAAGGCUGGAAGUGGGCUUCAAUCCGGCCCGUGGGGUUGUAGCUCAUUCAUACUGUACAUACAAAAUCACAUGCUUUUAUUUUUACAUAACCCCGUAAAACCACAGAAUUGUGCGUGCACUACUGCAUUUGGCUCACUCUCAUGUCCGCAGUUAUGUUUGUUCAUUCGCCUCCUCCUAGUCAAAAUGGAUUGGACGUCUAACAUCAUCAGGGGCAGCCAGUGAGUUACCAAUGAAGUGAACCACAAAUGUCCCAAAGUCAACAGGAAGCAGCCCGGAAAUGCCAGAAAAAUCAACAGGAAAUAAUGCAAAAUUACAGGAAGUGACCGGCAAGUAUCUUAAAAUUACAUGGAAGUGAUGCAAAAUGACCUAAUUGCGUGCCAUAGACAAUGAUAGACAUCAAAUUCACUUAUACUGGUAUGCACAUCUUCCAUUGCCACUGACGGCGCUCGACGUCCAAUCCAUUUGGACGAACAUCGAGCGCAAUCACUGGCAGCCAGUGAGUUAACUUAUUUAGUCAAAAAUAAACUAGUCCGGCCUACAUGAGAUCUAAUUGCCAUAAAUGGAGACCGCUAAUCAAAAUGAGUUUGACACCCCUGCUCAAAGAAUCCCUUCCUAUGUAGAGUUGAGUUGUAUUUCACUUUCAGGUUCAAGACAUUUGCAUUUAGUCUUUUUGAAUUGUUUGUAAUGCGAAUGCCACUUAAGAAGGCCGUAGUAGAGAUUCAAACCAAGAACCUUAAAAACUGAGUAAAAAACGCUCAUCAUUACAAUGCAAAAUGUACUGUAUUCAUGUAUCGUUUUUUGCAUUGGACCAGAACAGUGAACAAAGUGAGAACAAAGCCAUAAAAGUUAUUUCACAAACAUUCUCACAAUGAGAUUUCACGUUUAUAUUAUCCUGUGCUCCUGCUUGGAAAAAAAAUGUAUGGUACUGUGAGUGCAGUAUGAAAUAAAACAUGAAGUGAUCUACAGAGCACUAAUUCAGUCAUUAGAAGAUGAAUUGAGAAUAAAUUGCACUGAAGGAGAAUGCGUCAUAAAUGAUGCUAAAAGCCCCAUCAUAUACCACCCCCCACCCCAUGUCAUCAGUCAUUGUUUACAUUGCACUUGAAAUGCACCAAGUGUCCAAGACAAGAACACCAGUCUCUCCCAUGAAAUAAUCUAGAAAGAAUAAGACGAAUUACAGGCUGCCAGGUUUGUUCGAUAAAGCCACUUUAACAAAAGUAACCUGGACAAUGGAGCUCAAGAAUGUGCAGCGAUUUCUAAUUUUGGAGUUGUAUGUACGUAGUGCAGAGAGCUCUCGCCUGAUCUAUGUUGAUGGAUGCCACGUGCAGUGGGCUCAUUAGCCUUUUCUUGUAAAUUUGAUGUUUUGCUGCCUGACUGCACUUCACUCGCUUCGCAUUAUACCCUUCUCCAUCUUUAACUGUGUAAUUCCAGUCUUUUAAUUUGUACCUGACUGCUGUUGAUCUCUUUUGCUGCUGUAUUUAUAGAGUGCCAUAUAAAACUUAUCACGAUGAAACUGUCAGAAGCCCGUUUGGGGUUUCGAUUUUGUUCACGACGCACCAAACUGUGACAAUGGUGGACGUGUUUGUGUGCUUGAUCACGCCUUUCCAUGUGGAGGGCUUCUCUUUCGGUUUUGUUGGGACCCUCAUCAAUUCACGGCAAAAAGACGAGAAGAAAAGCCUCCAUUUCCUGUUAAAUGUUGAAAUAUGACAAAGGACCCAUGUGUUUCAUGUGUGAUUUGAUAAGUUAUAAAUGUGUCGUGCAAUAAACUGUCAGAUGUGUUUUUUUAACUAUAUAUUAUUGUAUAAAUAUUGUAUAUAGAAAACACUCCUAUUUUGCAAGCAAAAGAUUCACUUUUUACUGUUGUUAUACAUUAAAUUGAACAGCUGACAAUACUCAUUUUUGC